CAUGUGUUCACAAAUUUACAUAUAAUUUUACUAAAGUUAGGUUUCUUUAUGACAUUAUUUCAAAAUUUUUGUAUUAACAGUAAAAAAUGUUCUUAAGGUACCGAAGGCACUUGUUCAAAACUGUUGACAACAUGCAAGUAAGGCGAUACAGUCGUUCAUACGAAAAGAAGACAUUCGCCCCAUUGGAUAAAGUGAACGUGACUAUAAUGAACGCUAAUUCACCUGUGGGCGAAGCGACUGCUCUUAUAGUCAAAAACGAUCCUUUGGUACGAGAACUGACGAUACACUGCAAAUCAGGGACAGCGGGGAUUCAAAAAGAUCUAUCUUUAAUCCCGACAUCGACAAAUGUACAUGCAUUUACAGGGUUCGGACAAUUAAAACAUGCACUUAGAAAAGCAGAUAUCGUACUUGUGAUGGAGAAGCAUUCACCAGAUGGUAUUAAUUCGUCAAAGGAAAUGUUUCUGAAAAAUUUAGAAUAUACUAAAUUUAUGGCAGAAGCUUGUGUACAACAUUGCCCCAAUGCUAUAAUUAUUGUUGAUGUUUAUCCGAUAAAUUCGACUGUGCCGUAUUUUGCAGAAAUCCUCUCAGAAAAUGGAGUAUUUUGCGCUAAUAAACUUAUGGGAUCGGUCGCCCUUCAUUCUUUGAGAGCGAGAACACUGCUUGGCAAAAUGUUGGGAAUAAUCCCGAAUAAAGUUCAUGUCGAUAUCAUUGGUGGCGGAACUCCAGAAACUGUGAUUCCAGUUGUUUCGCCCAACAAUCCUGGAGGACCUGCAAUCGAGGCUACAAUUAAUAAACUUCGUAAGAAAAUCAAAUACUUGAAUGUAGAAGUCAUUUCCAUCACAAAUUCUCAAGCAGUGCUGUCAAAUGCAUAUUCAUUGGCUGGAUUCAUUCAUCAAAUCGCAGAAGGUCUGACAGGAAAACAGAAUGUAAAAACAAAUGCUUUUAUUAGAACAUCGGCUUUAAUGGGAAUGGAUUUUUUUACCAUGCCCAUAGGCCUCGGUCUUGCUGGUAUUGAAACUAACUACGGCAUACCGAAACUUUCUGCCAUUGAGUUACAAAUGAUGGACGAAGCCCUUCCGAAGCUGCAGUCAGAUAUUGCAUUCGGGGUCAAACAUGCAAGACCUCCACCAGAAGUCAAACAAAAUGAAAGUGAACAGUCGACCCCAAUCUGUGCAGCAAUUCCCUGUGAAUUUCCUUAGAAUUCUGUAAAACUAAUAUUUUUAUUUUGGAUUGGCUGUAAUUAAAUUUUAAUUUUAAUAAUUAACUUUGUUUUACUGGA